AUGAGUGGAAUCGUGAACACCUGCCUGUCGUGCCUGUCGGGCUUCGACCGAUGGUGUCAUAUUACUGACUGUCUCGGGGCUGGCCGCUCGAGGGAUGGCAUUUAUGAAACGGCGCUCGCAGAUAACGAACGAGAAGCUGUAUCGGAUGUUCUGGGAUUCUUAGCAAAAUUCCUGAGACAAUACUUUCGUCUGGAAGCUAACACAUCGCCCUCGUAUCAGCGCGCUGAAACCGACUUCUUUACUGGAGAGCCACUAAGAGCCUUGUGUACCCUGGUGUAUUCGGAGAAUAUUGAUCUACAACGGAGCGCAAGCCUGACCUUUGCCGAAAUCACCGAAAAUGAUGUGCGAGAGGUUGAUCGUGAUACACUGGAGCCCAUCCUGUACCUGCUCCAGAGCUCUGAUAUUGAAGUUCAGCGAGCUGCCAGCGCCGCCUUGGGCAACUUAGCUGUCAACGGCGAGAACAAAGUCUUGAUAGUUUCGCUUGGAGGGCUGGCCCCUCUGAUCCGCCAGAUGAUGUCGCCCAAUGUCGAGGUGCAAUGUAAUGCGGUGGGAUGUAUCACGAACUUGGCUACGCACGAGGAGAACAAGGCGAAAAUCGCGCGCUCGGGCGCACUGGGUCCGCUAAUCCGACUCGCGAAAGCAAAGGAUAUGCGUGUCCAGCGUAAUGCAACGGGCGCUCUUCUCAAUAUGACCCAUUCUGUCGAUAACCGCCAACAGCUCGUCAACGCCGGUGCCAUCCCCGUUCUUGUUCACCUCCUCUCAUCCGCCGAUGUCGAUGUGCAGUAUUAUUGCACAACAGCCCUUAGCAACAUUGCCGUCGAUUCGACCAAUCGAAAGCGUCUCGCUCAGACGGAAUCCCGUCUCGUUCAGUCGUUAGUCCACCUUAUGGACUCGUCAACGCCCAGAGUACAAUGCCAAGCUGCUUUAGCUUUGCGCAAUCUUGCUUCAGAUGAAAAAUAUCAGCUGGAGAUUGUUCGUGCCAAGGGUCUAUCUCCCCUGCUUCGACUCCUCCAGUCUUCCUACCUUCCCCUCAUUCUCUCCGCUGUUGCCUGCAUUCGCAAUAUUUCUAUCCACCCUCUCAACGAAUCGCCUAUCAUUGAGGCCGGCUUCCUGAAACCUCUCGUGGAUCUCCUCGGAACCACCGACAACGAGGAAAUUCAGUGCCACGCCAUCUCUACGCUCCGCAAUCUUGCCGCCAGCUCCGACCGCAACAAAGAACUUGUCUUGCAGGCCGGUGCUGUACAGAAAUGCAAGGACCUGGUUCUCCGGGUUCCGCUCACUGUCCAGUCAGAGAUGACUGCUGCUGUCGCUGUACUGGCUCUCAGUGAUGAGCUGAAACCCCACCUUCUCCAACUCGGCGUCUUUGAUGUCCUGAUUCCUCUUACUAGCUCAGAAAGCAUUGAGGUGCAAGGGAACAGCGCAGCUGCUCUGGGCAAUCUCUCAUCCAAAGUGGGUGACUAUUCUAUCUUCGUCCGUAAUUGGUCAGAUCCGAAUGGCGGUAUCCACGGUUACCUGCAGCGAUUCCUCGCUAGUGGCGAUCCAACUUUCCAGCACAUUGCCAUCUGGACUCUUCUACAGCUUCUAGAAUCCGAAGACAAAGCUCUCAUCGGGCUUAUCCAUAAGUCAGAGGACAUUGUACAGAUGGUCAAAUCCAUUUCUGACAAAAACAUUGAAUCUGACGAUGAAGAAGUUGACGACGGGGAAGGCGAAGUCGUUGCGCUCGCACGCCGGUGCCUGGAGCUUCUUGGGGUUGGUCCAAAACAAACUCUUGUGGAGGCAUAA